UUGCCGCUCUCUCGCCGCCGCCUGCCGCUGCCGUGCCGUCCGCCUCGGGAUCCUUCCUGCCCGUCUGCUCCGGCCACCGCAGCCUGCCGCUGCCGCGCCGUCCGCCUCGGGAUCCUUCCUGCCCAUCUGUUCCGGCCACCGCAGCCUGCCGCUGCCGCGCCGUCCGCCUCGGGAUCCUUCCUGCCCGUCUGUUCCGGCCACCGCAGCCUGCCGCUGCCGCGCCGUCCGCCUCGGGAUCCUUCCUGCUCGUCUGUUCCGGCCACCGCAGCCUGCCGCUGUCGCGCCGUCCGCCUCGGGAUCCUUCCUGCCCGUCUGUUCCGGCCACCGCAGCCCACUCGUCGCUCUCGCCACCAUUUGUCGCUGCCGCGCCGUCCGCCUCCGAUCCUUCCUGCCCGUCCGUUUCGUCCGCCGCAGCCGACCCGUGGCUCUCGCCGCCGCUUGCGGCUGCCGUGCCUUCCACGUCCGGAACCUUCCUGCCCGUCCGUUCCGUCUGCCUCUAACAGGAGCUGUGGCCGCCACUUGCCGCUGCACUACCGCCGGCUAAUCAGCUGUCACUGUUGGCUCCGCCUGUUCAUCCGUCUCUACCACUGCUGGUCGGCCUGCAGAAAGUUACACAACAUGGAUGCUCACCACGUCAGCAUGGAGGAAAUUGAAGAAUAUUACACGGUGGUUAGUCAAACAUUCACAAGCGAGGAACAAGGUUUCGAGUUCUAUAAUAGAUAUGCUAAAGCCAAAGGGUUCAGCGUGAGGAAGGCCAAUGUGAAAAACAAGGGAGGCAUAAGAAUCCAAAGGUUGUACAUGUGCAGCAAAGAAGGAUAUAGGUCCUUGAAAAACUUUGAAAGGUCCAACCGGAAAAGGAAACCAAGGGCACUCUCUCGUUGUGGAUGUGACGCUCGACUGCAAAUCGAGCUCAAUAUGGAAAGCCGUGAAUGGUUUGUCAAGGACUUUGUGGACCAGCAUAACCAUGAAUUCACUAAGCCUGACCAGACACCUUUCUUAUGGUCUCAUCGUGGACUUAAUGACCCUCAAAAGGCUGAUGCCAUUGAGUAUGGUAUUGGUGGUCUACGCACACAUCAGAUAAUGGACGUAAUGGAGAAGCAGCAUGGUGGGUAUGACAAAGUCGGCUGUGUGUCUCGGGACCUAUAUAAUUUUAUUGCUGAGUACAAGAAGCAAAGGAUUGAAGGUUUUGAUGCCCAAUACAUGCUGAACUAUAUGGCUGCGCAGGAAGAGAGAGAUUCUGAAUUCUUUUACAGGUACAGCACAGACAGCGAAGGCCAUCUGCAGAACCUAUUUUGGUCAGACGCGGUUGGACUAUGAUGCCUUUGGUGGUGUUGUUGUGUUUGACAGCACGUACCGUGUAAACAAAUAUAACUUGCCAUUUGUCCCAUUCAUUGGAUUGAACCACCAUCGCAGCACAGUUGUCUUUGGGGUCGGCAUUGUAUCAGACGAGACCGUGGCAUCAUAUAAGUGGUUGCUCCAUUCAUUUUUGGAGGAGAUGCACCAGAACCAU